AUGAUCGCGUUCACACCUGGUGCAAAGACUGCAAAAAUCACUAUGAACGGACACACAUUAAAAUUCUCUUCUGAUGUCAAAUUGUUGGGUGUCAUGCUGGAUGAAAAACUGCUAUUCAAUAAGCACAUCCAGUAUGUCAUCGGUAAGGCGACAAAAUUUUUUAAUAAACUUUGCCUAUUUACACGGCCUACUUGGGGUGCACACCCGGAGAACAUACGCGCUAUAUACCAUCAGGUAAUUGUACCUAUUGUGACAUAUGCUGCUGGUGUAUGGGGGCACGUCGCUUCCAAGAGAGGAGUCAGAAAGCGGCUGGAGAAAAUGCAGAGAGGAUUCGCCAUCAAGGCGAUUAAGGCAUUUCGUACCGUCUCCACAUCGGCUGCUCUGGCCCUCGCCGAAUUUACACCAAUCGACUUAAAAAUUCAGGAGGUUCAUGCGGUGGAAAGGACUAGAUUGUCCUGCACGUCAGACUUUCUACCGCAUGACAUAACUUAUGAAAAGCCAACAUAA